GCGCCCUCGCGCAGGGAGAGCCGGCAGGCGCCGUGCGCGCGCCUUCGCCGCUGCCUCCCUUCUCCCCGACGGGAGGGUGAGGAGCUGCGGAGAGAUCAGGCAACUGGGGUCCGGUGCGCGUGCGCAGCGAACAGCUGUCACCCAGUGCGGAACAAGUCUUCCAAAUUUCCCAAAUCUCCCUGGGCCGGAGGCCACCUUCUUCCUCCUCAUCUUCCUCCUUGGGGUCGUAUCUCCGUCCCCACCCGCGCGCCAGGUUUCUCUGGGCCACAAAUAGCCAGUACUCUUCUCUCUACUUGGCUGAGCUCAUUGCAGGUGUGUGUAGGCUCUAUGCCCAGCGUGGAACCCAAUGUGGGGCUUGAAUGCAUGACCCUGAGAUCAAGACCUGAGCUGAGAUCAAGAGUUGGAUGCCCGUACAUCUGGUAUUUGUAUACCAGAGACUGCCCUAAACCAUCAUGGAGGUGGCUGAGGUAGAGAGUCCUCUGAACCCCAGCUGUAAGAUCAUGACCUUCAGACCCUCCAUGGAGGAGUUCCGGGAGUUCAACAAAUACCUCGCGUACAUGGAGUCUAAAGGAGCCCAUCGAGCGGGUCUUGCAAAGGUGAUUCCUCCUCGGGAAUGGAAGCCAAGGCAGUGCUAUGAUGACAUUGAUAAUUUGCUUAUUCCAGCACCGAUUCAGCAGAUGGUCACAGGGCAGUCGGGACUGUUUACUCAAUACAACAUCCAGAAAAAAGCCAUGACAGUGAAAGAGUUCAGGCAGCUGGCUAACAGUGGCAAAUACUGUACUCCAAGAUACUUGGAUUAUGAAGAUUUGGAGCGCAAGUAUUGGAAGAACUUAACUUUCGUAGCACCCAUCUAUGGCGCCGACAUUAAUGGAAGCAUAUAUGAUGAGGGUGUGGAUGAAUGGAACAUAGCUCGCCUAAAUACGGUCUUGGAUGUGGUUGAGGAAGAGUGCGGUAUUUCUAUUGAGGGUGUAAACACCCCUUAUCUCUAUUUUGGCAUGUGGAAAACCACAUUCGCAUGGCACACCGAGGAUAUGGACCUCUACAGCAUUAAUUAUCUCCACUUUGGAGAGCCCAAGUCUUGGUAUGCAAUACCCCCGGAACAUGGAAAACGACUUGAAAGACUAGCUCAAGGUUUUUUCCCAAGCAGUUCUCAAGGGUGUGAUGCAUUUCUUCGCCACAAGAUGACACUGAUAUCUCCCUCAGUACUGAAGAAGUAUGGUAUUCCCUUUGACAAGAUCACUCAGGAGGCUGGAGAAUUUAUGAUUACUUUUCCAUAUGGCUACCAUGCUGGUUUUAAUCAUGGUUUCAACUGUGCAGAAUCUACAAAUUUUGCUACAGUCAGAUGGAUUGACUAUGGGAAGGUUGCUAAAUUGUGCACCUGCAGGAAAGACAUGGUGAAAAUUUCAAUGGAUAUUUUUGUGAGGAAAUUUCAGCCAGACAGAUAUCAGCUUUGGAAGCAAGGAAAGGAUAUAUACACCAUUGACCAUACAAGGCCUACUCCAGAAUCCACACCUGAAGUAAAAGCAUGGCUGCAGAGGAGGAGGAAAGUAAGAAAAGCAUCCAGGAGCAAACAUUCUGCUCUGACCACAGUGUCUCUUGUUAAUAGUUUCCAGUGCACUGGUUCUUACUCUAAGAGGCUUAAGAAUGAGGAGGAUGAAGAAGUGUCACCUGCAGUCGAUAGGGUGGAGGGCCUCACCCCUGACCAAGACCCAGAAGACCUCAAGGUCAGUGAAAAAUCAGAAGAAGCAGUGAAGAUGGGGAACACAGAAUCUCCUUUAGAAGAAGAAGCUUCUGCUAGCAGGAAGCAGCCAGAUCAGAAUUCAUCGGAUAAUGUCAAACUCUCAGGAAAUAGUUGCUUAAGCACAUCUAUACCAGAAGAAGUACAAAUUAAGGAUGACCAAGCCUAUGGUGUAAUUCUACCUUCAAAUCCCAGUGAAGCUGAUGAUUCCAUAUCUGGUGGCCAUGUGACAUCCAAGGAAUCAGACCCACCCAAGCUUCCAUGGCCAAAGUUACCUGAGUCAUGCUUCUCAGUGGCAGAGAGUAACAGUGUGUUGAUAGAGGGAGAUGAGAGUGAUGUGGAGACCCGCAGGAGUGGCCUCGAACCUGGGGAGAUCCCAGUGAUCCCCAGGGGAGAGAGAAAUGGCCUCGCUGUCCUUGGUAGAAUAGAGGGAGAAACCAAAACUGCUAAAAGUUGGCGCCAUCCACUUAGUAAGCCUCCGGCAAGGUCCCCAUUGACUCUGGUGAAGCAGCAGGCAACAAGUGAUGAAGAAUUGCCCGAGGUUCCAUCGAUUGAGGAGGAAGUGGAAGAAACAGAGUCUUGGGCGAAGCCUUUGGUCCACCUUUGGCAGACGAAGUCCCCAAACUUUGUGGCUGAACAGGAGUAUAAUGCAGCCAUGGCCAGAAUGGAGCCACACUGUGCCAUCUGUGCUCUUCUUAUGCCAUACUACAAGCCAGAUAGCAGCAAUGAAGAAAAUGAUUCUAGAUGGGAGACAAAAUUAGACGAAGUUGUUACUCCGGGAGGAAAGACUAAGCCCCUCAUUCCAGAGAUGUGUUUUAUUUAUAGUGAAGAAAAUAUAGAAUAUUCUCCGCCUAAUGCCUUUCUGGAAGAGGAUGGAACAAGUCUUCUGAUUUCCUGUGCAAAGUGCUGCGUACGGGUUCAUGCAAGUUGCUAUGGUAUCCCUUCUCACGAGAUCUGUGAUGGAUGGCUAUGUGCCCGGUGCAAAAGAAAUGCAUGGACAGCAGAGUGCUGUCUCUGCAAUUUGAGAGGGGGUGCUCUUAAGGAAACGAAGAACAAUAAGUGGGCCCAUGUCAUGUGCGCCGUCGCGGUCCCAGAAGUUCGAUUCACUAAUGUCCCAGAAAGGACACAGAUAGAUGUAGGCAGAAUACCUUUACAGAGGUUAAAAUUGAAAUGCAUCUUCUGCAGACACCGGGUCAAGAAGGUCUCUGGAGCCUGCAUCCAGUGUUCCUAUGGCCGUUGCCCAGCCUCCUUCCAUGUCACAUGUGCUCAUGCUGCUGGGGUGCUGAUGGAGCCUGAUGAUUGGCCAUACGUGGUGAACAUCACAUGCUUUCGACAUAAGGUCAACCCAAAUGUGAUGAACAAACUGAGGCUGAUAAAGGUUCAAGAUCCCAAGAUCACACAGCUAAAGUCCAAGGCUGGCGAGAAGGGCAUCUCUGUGGGGCAGACGGUCAUCACGAAGCAUCGGAACACCCGGUAUUACAGCUGCAGAGUGAUCGCUGUGACAUCGCAGACCUUCUAUGAGGUUGUGUUUGAUGAUGGCUCCUUCAGCAGAGACACAUUCCCUGAGGAUAUAGUGAGCCGAGACUGUGUGAAACUGGGCCCUCCUGCUGAGGGAGAAGUUGUCCAAGUCAAGUGGCCUGAUGGCAAACUCUAUGGAGCAAAAUAUCUGGGAUCAAAUGUUGCCCACAUGUACCAGGUUGAAUUUGAAGAUGGAUCCCAGAUAGCAAUGAAGAGAGAGGACAUCUACACUUUAGACGAAGAGUUACCCAAGAGAGUGAAAGCUCGUUUCUCCACAGCCUCUGAUAUGCGAUUUGAAGACACAUUUUACGGAGCAGACAUAAUCCAAGGCGAGAAAAAAAGACAGAGAGUGCUGAGCUCCAGGUUUAAGAACGAAUAUGUGGAUGACCCUGUGUACCGCACAUUUUUGAAGAGCUCUUUCCAGAAGAAGUGUCAGAAGAGACAGUAAUCUGCAUAUACUGCUGUAGGCAACCAAGCAAGUUGGUCCGGAAGAAGAAAGAUGAAGGGACAGCCUUGGGGCCAGCGAUGUGUUUCACUGGGGUAGGUGGCGGGGGUGUUUCUGACAGUGGAAAAUUAGGCUUGCCAGAGUUUGUCACCCAAACCACAGAGUACAAGUGUUACUAAUUGGACACAACAAUCUGAAGUCAUCCCCUAGUCCUGCUUUCACUUGUGAGCAAUUGUCUUCGAUGAUCCCAAAGAACUUUUCUAAGUAAAAGGAAAUAAUAAUGAAUCACCCACCAAAAAAAGCCACUGCCUGAGGAGGCGGGUCCCACAUGCGACCUAAUUAGGCCUUUAGUCAGGAAACACAUGGAGACUUUUCUCCACAAGCCCAGCGUGUGGGAGCCUCCAUACGCAGGUAGGAGGGUGAUCAUUUAUAUAUUUUCCACAGUCAGGGAAGGACUCUCACUUAUUUAAAUGGCAGUUUUUAUAAAACAUUUUUAAAAUACAAAUGGCCUGUAUGGUAAUGAGAUUUACCCGUGUGCUAUCUGUAAUUUCCCUUGUACAGAACUUUUACAAUUUUUUAUAUCCCUAUUACUUUUGAUUGUGUCUGAUGAGAACUGAGUUGUUGGCCUUUGUGAAAUUUUGGCUCUUGAGAAAGAAUUCUUAUGAACUGUAUGGGAAUUUUAUAUAUUUAAAGAGGGAGAUCUGGGGCGGUUAUUUUUAAACACUUUUUUUUUCAUAAUAUUCUGAGUAGAUAUUUAUAAAAUAUAUUUCUUUCAUUAUGUGUUUGUAAAAUUAGAGUUUAAAUAAAUAUGCUUUGAUGCAUAGUUUUCAACUAAUAUGAUUUUUCCUUUUUAAAACAGCUU